AUGCAUCUGAGACCAGGUGGAUUUGCAGCAGGGAAAAGAGAUUUACUAGGGCUUGAUGGUGCAUUCUUAAAGGGUCCAUACCAUGGUAUGAUCCUGACAGCAGUGGGUUUGGAUGGGAACAAAUGCACAUACCCUUUGGCAUAUGAAGUUGUUGAAGCAGAGAACUUUAAUUCAUGGACCUGGUUUUUAACUAACUUAGGAGAUAAUCUUGGUUUGUAUGCAAACUCCAACUUCACUUUCAUAUCAGACAGACAGAAGGGGUUAUUGCCUGCACUUGAGAAACUUUUCCCAGCAACAGAGCAUAGAUAUUGCCUAAGGCAUCUUCAUGAGAACAUGAAACGUAAAUGGAGGGGCAAGGAAUUCAAGGAUUGUCUUUGGCCUUGUGCAACAUGUACCACCAUACCACAAUUCAACAGUGCCAUGGAAGAGCUAAAGAAACUUAACAGGAGGGCACAUUGUGAUGCUUUGUUGAAUAAUAUGUGUGAGAGUUUAAAUAACAAGAUAGUGAAGGGUCGUGAUAAGCCAAUUAUCAGUUGCUUGGAGUUUAUUAGGGAGUAUAUCAUGAGGAAAAUUGUCAUGCCACUAAGACCCUUCAAAAAAAUUAAAGAAAGGGCAAUACAAUGUAGGGCAGUGUUCUGUGGCAAUGGGAAGUACCAGGUUACAAGUGAAGGUACUAAUCAGUGUGUGGUUAAUAUGGACCAACAAACUUGUUCAUGUAACAGGUGGGAACUGACAGGCAUACCCUGCAAACAUAGUAUAGCAGCUAUAUGGGAUAUGAGGCUCAACAAUGAAAAUGUUGGAAUACCUGAGACAUGGGUUCACCCAACCUAUUGGCUCAAGACUUGGAAAGAAAUGUAUGUCUUCAAAGUUGAACCUAUUAAUGGGAGGUUUUUGUGGGAAAACAGCACAUGUCCUACCAAGUUGGUACCACCAAAGUAUCGUGUCCCUAUUGGCAGACCAAAAAAAAAGAGAAGAAGAUCUGCAACAGAAGAUGAUGGAGUAUCCACAAAAUGGAAAUCUGCUGGGAAUGGAACAGAAGAAGGUGCAGCAGGGAAUACAACAGGAGAAGGUGCAGUAGGUAGCAAUGGUGGUGUAACAAAAGGAGUUGGGAAGAAGGGAAAAAGCCCCAUGAUUUGA